GGAAAAGCAUCAAAGCACCCACCAACCCACUACAUCAUCCUAUAAAAUUCUCCCCAUUUCCAGAGCUCAAUACCCAAAUCUCUGAGAACCAGAAAGCACAGAAAGAUCAAAGAUGGGCUCAUCAUCAAUGGAAGAAAUGGCCAUACCUCAAAGUGAAGAAGACGGGUUCUUGAGAGCCAUAGGGCUGCCAAGUGGGAUAGCAGCGAUUAUGGUUUCGAAAGCUGCCAUUGAACUCGGGGUGUUUGAGAUCAUUGCAAAGGCUGGUGAAGGAGCAAAGCUUUCUGCUAAACAAAUUGCAGACUGUCUUCCCACACACAACCCUAAUGCACCAGUCAUGCUGGACAGGAUGCUUAAGUUCCUUGCCAACCAGUCCAUUCUCAAGUGCACACUCACAGAGGAUAAUCAGUGUUCAUACAAUUUAACACCAAUCAGCAAGAACUUUGUCCCUAAUGAAGAUGGGGUGUCCCUUUCUGCCUUGGUACAAUUGGGCACUGACAAAGUGUUUGUUAAUUCCUGGUAUGCAUUAAAAGAUGCAGUACUGGAGGGAGGAGUCCCAUUCAAUAGGACCCAUGGAAUGCAUGCAUUUGAAUACCCUGGCAAAGACAGUAGAUUCAAUGAGGUAUUCAACAGAGCAAUGCAUGACCAUAGUGCAAUUGCGAUGAAGAGAGUAGUGGAAUGCUACAAAGGUUUUGAGGGAGUCAAAGAAGUGGUAGAUGUGGGUGGUGGAUUUGGUUCAACACUGUCAUGCAUUAUCUCCAAGUACCCUAACAUCAAGGGCAUCAACUUUGAUUUGCCACAUGUCAUCAAAGAGGCUCCUGCUAUUCCAGGUGUGGAGCAUAUUCCAGGAGAUAUGUUUGAGAGUGUUCCCUGUGGAGAGAUUAUAUUCAUGAAGUGGAUACUACACGAUUGGGAUGAUGAGCAUUGCCUGAAGCUGCUGAAGAACUGUUGGAAAGCUUUGCCAGAAUCUGGUAAGGUGGUGUUAGUAGAAAGUAUUCUGCCGGAACAUCCUGAGAAAGAUGUCGAGUAUGGUAGUGCAUUUUACGCUGACGUACUAAUGAUGACAAUGAAUCCCGGAGGGAAGGAGAGAACACACAGAGAAUUUGAAGCCCUGGCAAAAGAGGCAGGAUUUUCUGCUCUGAAAGCCGUAUGCGCUGUGAAUGCUGAAUGGGUUAUUGAAUUGUACAAGUAGCUAUGCUGUUUGCAUAAAAGAAUUUGAGACAAAGGAAAAGUGUUUUUGUUCCUCCUAAUAAAUUCCAAACAGUUGCAAUAACAGUUAAAUUACAUACAUAAUUUUUAUGUUGUUCA